CCUCCAUCCAUCUUCCUCCACCACCUUUAAUGGCCACCAAUUCCGUCAACAUUCAAUCCUAACAUCACCACCAUUGAAGUUCUUGCACAAUAUAUCAUACAAGCAACAAAAAAAAACCAAAAAACAUGGAAAAUAAUAACACAAACAACAACAAUAAUAACACAUAUUCUUAUUCUUCAUAUCCAGAUUCUAACACCUCGACACCACGUUCACGUGAAGUUGAUUGUGAAACCGCAUCCUAUGAGGAACAAAACAACGUUAAUAACAACAACAAUAACAACAACAACAACAACAACAACAACAACAAUGUGUCGAAUAAUAAUAAUAAUUAUAAGGUGAAACUUAUGUGUAGUUAUGGUGGUAAGAUAUUACCACGUCCCCAUGAUAACCAACUUACGUACAUUGGUGGUGACACAAAGAUUCUUACGGUUGAUCAUAACAUAAGAUAUGCGUCCAUGUUUAAUAAACUCGUCUCAUUAUCUGAUUCACCGGAUAUAUGUGUUAAAUACCAGUUACCAGGUGAAGAUCUUGAUGCAUUGAUAUCUGUUACGAAUGAUGAUGAUUUAGAACAUAUGAUGACCGAAUAUGAUAGAAUCUAUCAAUGUUCGGUUAAGCCUGUUAGGCUAAGGUUGUUUAUAUUUGCAUUAUGUUCACCUGGUUCGUUUGGUGGUGACAGUAGUAGGUCUGAACAGCAAUGGUUUGUGGAUGCGUUGAAUGCGGUCCAGAUUUCAUCUGGGCAAGCGUCAUCUCCUGCGUCGGAGAGUAAUAAUAAUAGUAAUAAUAAUAAUCCGGAUUAUUUGUUUGGGUUUGAUAAAGGAAAUGAGAAAGGUUCGGGUUCUGGUAAUGGUAAUGAUAAUAUUGGGAAGGUGCAGGAUGUUAGUGGGGUUGUUGUGCAGCAGAAUGUUGUUAAUACGGAUGGAGCUCGGCCGGUGUCUGAGUGUGGUUCGGACGAUAGUGGCAGUAAUUGUUAUAGUAAUAGUAAUAGUAAUAAUAAUCGUCAGGUGAUUUCUGAGCAGGUUGUUUCGCCUGCAGUGGAGAUACAAAGACAGAUGCAAGAAACACAAAGGGUGCAGAUUGCGCCUAGUAACGAAAAACAAAUUAAUAUCGAUCCAAGAGUUUAUUAUGGAGAUUACUACACACAAAAGAUUCAACAGGCUGCAGGAGCUGGGCAGACGCGUUACUGGCAGGACCAGAGACAUAUGACGAAUGGGGGUUAUCCUAUGUCAGUGGCAGGAACUGAUUCUCAGGUUUAUUUGAUUCCUUCUUCGACUGGUGUUUAUCCAUCUGCAACACCGCCUCCAGUUCCUGCUCCAGCGGCAGCUCAGACUCUGCGACCGGCAACUCGGGUUACUCAGGGACAGGCUUACUAUGGGAUGCAAAGGAUGGUUAGUCCGCCUGAGUUUUAUCGGGAGCAGCCAGUGUAUAGCACAAUGACACCACAACCGCAAAUUCAGCAACCAAAAGUUGGAACAUAUCAAGAAGCUAUUGGAAUUGUUAGGCCACAGGUUGAACUGGGAUAUGGGCAGGUUGGGAUUGAUGCAACGGGUAGGCAGAUUUAUUAUACGACGUCACAGGGAGGAAUGACGACCACUUAUCAACCGGUGGUUGCAGCAACAGAUAUGAGACAGGGACCUGGUUUGGCUGUUCAAGAUGUUAAGAUGGUUGUGACUCCAAAUAAGUAAUAAGAGUCCGUUAAGUUUGUUAUUAUUGAUUUACUUGAUCAUGUUUGUUACAAUUUGGACAGCAUGAAUAAGAAUAUAGGCAUAUGUGCCUGUUUCGUGUGCCUAUUUUGUUCUUUAAAUUGUGGUUUCAUUGUUUCAUAUACCUUAAUCCAUAAUUGAA